UCAUUUAGGCUAAUUAACCCCUGGCAUGAGAGGCAGGUAGAGAAAACAGCGAGUUGGCGAGGAAGGGGGACCAUUACGCAGGUUAUCAUGACAUCACCGCUAGUUGGCUAUAAAGUGCUGAGGACCAAUACACAGAGUUGGAGAAGCACUUGAGCAGCUUUGGAGUAAAGGACGGACUGUAGCCUCUUGUGUUUAACAGCUGUUCGGCUUCAGCUACCGUCUCUCUCUGAACUUCAGCAGCAGAAUCUCUUUGAGAGAAAACACGACUUGGCGAAAUGAACUUGUCCUACUUGGUAGCGUGUGGACUUGUGGUCACCCUGCUUUCAGUGAGGAUGGGGGCAAAACCUGUGUCUCAGGCGCAACAGAAGUCUCUACGAAGUUUGCUGGGCGAGGAGCUGGCGGAGUUUCUGGAGUCGGAGGAGAAGGAGAGGCGGCUAGACGCUGUGCGCUCUCGGAUACGGUUACUGCGAGAUUUACGCAUGGACACCCGGGCCAAAGGGAUGUGGGCUCGUCUCCUAAACGACCAACCUGCACCUAGGAGACACAAAUCGGGAAACAAGAAAGGGGGUUCCACGUCACGGAGUGGCUGCUUCGGACACAAGAUGGACAGGAUAGGAACCAUCAGCGGCAUGGGUUGCUAGGGUCGGAGCAGCACUUUUCUGAUUUCUGGACGAUGGGUUGAAAAACAAAGGUUCCGUUUGUUCUCACCUGAGAGAGAAGAAGAAAAGCUCAACAAGUGACAGAUUUUCGGUACGAAAGUCUACACGACCAGCAUAAACAAAGACUGAGAUGAUGAUGCUACCAAACCCUCGUAUAAAUUGAUAUAUAUGAUAAAUAUGCAGGUAUAUAUACAUAUAUACAUAUGUGUAUACCAUACAAAGAAUCAACUGAUGCAUACAUAGAAGACGGCGGACAUUAGUGUAAAAACUACAAACCGUAAAGCUGUAUAUUGUGGCUGCUGAUGCACAUUCAUCUCCCCCUACAUAAAUGUAUUUAUGUUUUAAAAAAUAUUUAUAUGUUUAUAAAAAAAGAGAUAUUUAUAAAUAUGAGUUUUAUUUAUGUAAUGUUUGGAAAAUUGGUGCAAACUGCAGGUCAAUUCUGUUUGUAACUUUUUUCUUUUGUUCAACAUAGUUGUAAAUGUUUUCAUAAAUGAUAAAAAGAACAUUCCAUGUGCACUUAUAUGUAUCCUCUUGGG